UUAUAUUUUUGUAACGACAAUUUCCGAAGAAGCGAAGGCAGCAACGCCAGCGUUUUGUUCGCUUGUGUGUUUAUAUACGGAUACAGAAAAGCGAAGUAAAAUAGACGCGCUGUGACAAAAUUCAGUUUUCAUGGCUAAAAAUCGAACACCUGGUGUUCGUCGGUGUGCAGAACGUGUGAAUUGUUCGAUCAAAGCGCGAUAGUUUGCGAAACGUAAGCGCACACGAAACCGCGCAUCCUGGGAAGAGUGGCACCACGUACCGGUUAGGUUGAUUACAAGAAGUGUAGCAAACCAAAGAAAACAAUGGCUUCUACGAUUGACAAACGUCCCAAUUUCCGAAUAUCGGAUGUGGAAGAACUGAUGCGCGAGACGGGAAUGGACAACUCGGACACGGGAAUCGGAAUCGUCAACUACUUCAGGCGCAGGCAUGCUGAUUUCCACCGCGGGCGGCUGUUCGAUGGGUCGGACAAUCAGAUAAACUUUCGGCUGGAUAAUUUGCAACCAGUUCAGCUACCACCACCGGCACGCACCAACGACACCGAAAGCAGUACGGAAGCACGGGUCGGCGUCGUGAUGGUCAAACCCCUGUCGGAAAUGACCGUGGCCGAACACAGAGCACCGUCCUUUAUAAGCCCGGGCCGAGUGGCUGACAAUUCACCAUCACGCAACUCGCCAAGGCAACUUUCAAACGGCAUCACUAUUGCUCCCGGUAGAAGCUCGGUUCACGUAAGCCCGAUGGUAUCGAUACCAUCGGUUCGGAAAAGCUCGGUUAACAGUCUUCAGCGAGAUCUCAUGUUGCAGAGGCACAGACGGGAAAAUCAAGCGAAGAUGGAAUUGCUUCGCAACAGUGCGUCCCAGCUGGCAUCGAGUACACCGAUCGCGGGUGAACAUUCGGAGCGUCGGGGCGAAAAUUUGCUUGAGCUGAGGGAAACGAUUUCUCCCAUCUAUGAGGAUGCCGAGCAUGGAACGCCGCUGCAACGCGUACAGCGUACGAGAAGUGAGAACCACCGAGAAUGCGUGGUCCCGGGGCCAUCCGCUACCUAUGCCCGUGCCAUACGUACCCCGAUCCCCGCUACGCAGGACGCACCGGACGGCAUGGAUCGAAAUGAUCGCGAACACACUCCUCCUGCCCCGGCAUCGGACGAGAAUUGCAUGGUUGUGGUACCGGAAACACCUAGCCCCGUGCGAAAAUCACCCCGGAUUCCGAGCACUCCGUUGCGCGGACUCUCGUUGACGCAAGGGUCCCAUCUAGCCGUACCGGCGCUGGCACAGCUUCGACAGGGUCAAUCGAACCGUGCGCUUGACAUUCGUAGUCCCGUUGCUUCCACACCGUCGCGAAGCAUUCUGAAGAUCCGGGAGAGUAAGUAUGCGUCGCCAAGAUGUAGAGUAAGCUUUUCCGAGCAAUUGGUUUCCGUGCGGGAAAUGACACCCUUGUCGGAUGAUGCGCAUAUGACGUCGGAUGAAAGCGACGAAAUGCAGCUAAAUGAAGCGGUCAGAAACAACAGUCCAGCAAAACCGGCCAAGGAGGACGAAAAUGCGCACCACUCUCGACGGUUGUUCGGAAGCAGACGCUCGAAUGCCGUCGAAGAAUGGGAUGAGAAUGCUUUGCACGAGUCGCCCAAACGGUGCAAUAAUCGUACGAACGGAAACGUGGUUAAUAUGUUGAUGGACGAUUGGAAUGAUUCGGUGUCGGAACGGAUGGAGGUGGACGAAUCGCUAGAGAACCGUGAACCUCCUCCGGUUGCUCAGCGCACAAUCAACAAAUCGUGUUCGAUCACCAACAUCGACACGCCGCGUACGGUUAUGAUGGAAAUUUUCGAUCCACCGUCAGCGUUUUGUGAUGAUGAACAGGAGCAGCAGGAAGAGCAGGGGAAUGGUUUGAACGUAGAAAAAUCGGCAUCAAAGCGAUCGGAUUCGACGCGUAAGAGGAACCAGGUGGAGCAGGGGAAUGGCUUGAACGCUGAACGACCCGCACCGGAAGCCCCGGUAUCAAAGCGAUCGGAUUUGACGCGUAAGACGCAGCAGCAAGAAUCCAGCGGUGGAGCAGGCAGCAGCGAUGGAAAUGAUAGCGAUGGCUCUUCGCGCCGAAAUUCGACCGUCGAAACGAACGACCGCAUGCCAAGGGUUUCGCCACGGAAAAUGUCCAAACCAUUCCAAAGCAAAGUCCCAGAAUCGAAGCGAUCGGAUUUGACGCGUAAGACGAAGCAGCAAGAACCCAGCGGUGGAGCAGGCAGCAGCGAUGGAGAUGAUAGCGAUGGCCGCACGAACGACCGGAUGCCAAGGGUUUCGCCGCGGAAAAUGUCCAAACCAUCCCUUAGCGUGACACUAACCAAUGUGCACCAGGCAGAGCGUAUCGUGAGCGUAGAUUCGCCGAACGAUCAUGUACCGCUGGAUAUGAUACAAGCGGUCGAUAUGAUCCACAGUCGUGUCAAUUCCGAGCUGGCGGAUGCCGGCGACACCAACCACGAACGACGAACCACACUAAACAUUCCCUCCAAACGACGCCUCACCAAGCCGAAGGUGGACGCCGAAGCGGAAAUGUAUUUAAAAACGAUCGAAACGGCUGGUGUCCGAGCUAAGGCCGCGGGCAAACAGCGCAAGGAACGGCGCAAGCUGUUUGCCCAAGAAGUGGCGGAAUCACAGCGGGAAGAUGAAGCGAACGAUGAGCCGCAACCACUGCCAGUGACUCAAGAUGCCACGCAAGAUACACCGAUCGAGCAGGAGCCUCAACAGAAUCUGCCGCGUUAUAAGAUUAAACCGUUGGUAGUUCCGGUGCACCGCUUAUCGGUCGGCACCAUAAACAGGGCAACACGCGACACAAGUGCACCGGAUGCGGAAGAACCCGAAUCCAGCAAACAACAGCCGGCCCGGGCCGCCAUCGAAUCUCCCGUGCAGGAGAAGCAAAACGAAGAGCAGAACGAAAAGGGUGAUCGUCCGAAAGUCCACGAGCACGAACAGCACGGUGAUGCUGUGGCCGAGGAGCAAAGCGCUCCUCCGGGUAGGGGUAAAUCGAAGCGGAAUGCCCCGAAACGAACCGCGGCCAAGAACAAAAAACGGUUGGAAAAGUCUGACGUUACGAUGGAGAAACAUUUGAAAAAUGUUUCCAACCAACUACGGCACCAAAUCGAAACCGAAGGUCCGCGCCGUAGCCACCGGAAUCGGCGACUUGCCGCCGAGAUACUGCGCAACAAUCCCAACACGUUGCAAACCGAUGCACCGAAGUACGUGAUGCCUACGAUAAAGGAUGUGCUGAAGUACUAUCAGCUGGCGGAGAGGCCGACCAAAGCUAGGGGCAGGAAGGCGAAGAACGAGAGCAAGCCCUCGGCUGCUAGGAAGGAGGCUGAAGUUUUGAAAGAGAACGUGCCUCCAAAGCCGGUGCCGGAGGAGAAACAGAGUGUCGAGUUGGCGCGUAGCACAAACGAGCGAGGUAGAUCAAGGAAGAAGUUUGAAACCCAGAGGGAAACGUUCGAUGAGGAUGGAUUUCGCGUACCGACCAUCCCGGUGCACGACGAGCUACCGGGACCAUCGUCCAAACGGGGGGUCGACCACCGUUCCGUAACGAGCGAUUCGUACAAUCCGAGCCUCCCGCAAGGUGUGUCCACCGAUUCGGGUCUUUCGUCCGCCGUUAUGACGAGCGAAGAUGCAACUGGCCCUGCACCACCACCCGUGAAGAAGUUACGGGGAAAACAGGUGCCGAAGAAGCAACACGCCGUAGCAGAACCCGAACCGUCGUGUUCGUAUACGUCCGCACCGGCAACGGCAGCAUCGGAUCGUAGCGAUAUAUUGGCCGAGAAGCGGAAAACGCUUGACUGGAUGAUGAUGCUGAUGGAAAAGCAACAGGACCGGCCGCCCGCGUUACCGAUGGUGGAGCUGCAGGGGUUUACCCAUCUGUCGGUGGAGCAUUUGGUAUUCGAGGAGCAGGACGGCAUCGAGUACUCGUUCUACGUCUACUCCAACGGGGACAAUUUUGGCUUUCUACGAUUUCCGCCCAAAGUGGAAAAGCGACCCACACGCACAAAGCGCUGUUCGUUGAAAUUUCUCAUUCUUAGUGGUUUGUUGCAAUUCACCAUCAACGAAGUAACCGUAAAGGCUGUUGGAGGCGAUUUUUUGAUGAUACCGAUCGGUUCAAACUAUCAUAUUGUGAAUGGAUCGGACACGUCGCUCAUGUUCAUGAUCAAAUCCAGUGAAAAGCCAGUGAGUGAACAAACGAACCGUAGCAACAAAUAGCAAGCGCCCGGUACGAGGAGACGGGCACCAUGGGCUAGGAGGAUUGUUAAUGAUUUAGAGUAAUAGAACAAAAAGUAACCGCUUUUGCCAUUCGACCACGGCGAAAAGUGGGGUUGGCAACAGCAGUACAAAACUAUAUGCAAAUUAUCUUCUUCUUUUUUUACCAUUUUUCCGGGGUUUGGUGAUUAGUGCCGUUUCGAGAUGUGUUUCUGUGUGUGUGUCGUUAACUGUUUUUGUGCAUAAUUUCCCCCACCCCGAACUGAUUGGUGUUAAUAAAUUGGAAUAAAUGAAUGAAUUAUGCUAUUGCCUUGGGGCGAAACGAUA